AUGUCUUCCCCAACCAUCUAUGUUUCGGAAAACGAAGAUGACAGUCAAGGAAUCCCUGUUCCCAGAGGGGACGAAGUCUUCACCCAAAGGGGAGACAAAUUUGGUCCGCAUUUCAGGUCUCAGUCGACCUCUGCUUCCCUUGGCGCUCUUCGCCGCCUUUUUAACAUCCCCCAGGAAAUUAAAUUCUCUCUUCCUAGACCCAACGAGUGUCCGAAAGUGGUGCGAGAGGGUUACUGUUGUGCAUACGAAGUCUAUUUCAAAGGUUGUGAAGCAGGGUUUUCCCUCUCCACCAGCGAACUCUUAGGGCUAUUUCGAGCCCGUGAAUCCGCAGCAGCGGGUAUUUUUUCUAUAAACCCUAUCCUUGACCGUAACCUGAUCGACGGAAUGCCCUCGAAUGAUGGGCCUUGGAGGAAAUACUGGUUCUUUUUCCGAGUCAAUCCCCAUUCCGUUCAAGGUCUUUCCGGUCUUCUUCUCGCCAAUUGGUCGGCUAAACUUGGGAACCAGACGAUCUUCCGUCCAACCGUUGACUUCUUGUCCUUCUUUCGAAUCGUUUCCGAGGGUGAAACAAAUUGGAAUUCUUUCACCCUUCAACGCAUUCAUAAAGCGGGGCUCGCCAUUAAAGACGGUCAGACUCACCCCCUCGAUCCUCCUCCCGAGGAGAAAGACGUUUCGAGCCUGAAUGCUCGAGAUAAAAGAAAGAUGCAGGCUGAAAUCAAGGCUCUUAAGGAUCAGCUAUCCGAAAUCGGGAGAAAGAAACGGAUAGCUGCAAUCUCCAGGGUUGAUAACUUCCACAGGAAGACCCUCUUGGUUGAUGACGGUUCAUUAGAAGCAGCCUUGUCAGCCGCGGUGGAUACUCAUGGAGCCGAGAUCCUUAACGACCCUCCAGUUGCGACCGCAAUUUACCCUUCCGAACCAGGGCGUGAGGGAGAAAUAACCUCCUCUCCUUGUACAAAGAGGAAGGCUCCAGAUUCCGAUAAUCUAUCAAACGAGAGACUUAAAACCGUGAGAUUAAGUUCUCCGCCACGAGUAUCUAGCCCUCUACGUUCUGUUUUUCCCUCUUCAGAACCUUUAAACUCCGAGCUCCCUCUUCCGGGAGACAGAGUAAUUUUAGAGGAAAUAGAUGAGCCGAGACCGGAGGCUCCCCUAUCUCAAGGACUGAGUGUUAGGACUCAAAAUCCUUUACCCGCUUCGAUUUCAGGCGGAGAAGAGAUUAGAGACAUCUUCCGAAGUUUCCAAACCAGGAAAGGGGCGUCCCUUCCUCCUUUUUCGGUUUGGAGGCCGGAAAUCCGUCAGAUGUUCGCCAAUCAAGCUUGCUACAUAUCCCAGGCGUUUAUGGAGACUAAUGGAAUGAUCUUCCAUUAUGAGAACCUUCUUCAUCAAGCGAAGAGAGAGACCGCAAAGGCUAAGAAGGAGGUUGAUGAACUUAGAUUAGCCAACCAAUCUGAGCGACUUGAGCGGGUAAAAGCACUCGAGUCAUCUUUUGAAAAUAUGAAGAAAACUCUAGCAGCUAACGAGCAACGCAUCAGAAUUGCGAAUGCUGAAAGAGAUUCUGCGAGGUCUAAUGCUCUUCGCUUGGAGGCUGAGCUAGAGGAGAAUACGGCUUUGUUCGAAGAAGCAAAUCAAGAGAUCGAGCUUUUAACUAGGAACAGGGCUCGCGAUAUCGCUGAAGCCGAACAUAAUGCUCGAGAAGAGAUGAGGGGAUUCGGUAGGCAACUUAUUCAAUCUGUUACGAAGUUCAUCAAGGACGAAGAGGUCUGGACGAAACUUCUAACAUAUCGAGCCGAACUGAAGAGCAAUCUAGACCUGAUUAAGGAACUAGAGGCUGGAAGAGUUUCGUUCGAGAACGAGAGGAGCGAAGUUCCUGCCGAACUCGCUAUGGUUGAAUCCGAGUUAUCCUCGGCUUCCCACCCUACUCUCGAUCUGAAACAAUUUUCUUUGGUAUUUGGAGAUUCCCCAUCUCAAUUCGAGAUUGUCGGGAGACACAAAGCUUUAUGUGAUAAGAGACAAAGAAUCGGAAGGAGGCGCCGUGCUCUUGAUGAGCGCAUAAAGAGGAUGGAACGAGAGAUCCUUCGCCUGGAAUCUGAACCGCACGAAUGGGAGAGGAAUGGUCUAGACAUUGUGGCCAUAAUGCCUACUUGCCUCCGAAGAUUCUCCGCAUGCUGGAUAAAUUUCAUCGUUUAUCCUUGGCGACCAGCGAUGGGUCCUCUUUUGUUUCAUGUUCCUCAGAGUUUCGGAGACUUCCGAUGUUAA